GACAAAUACACCCUGAGACAUUCUCUAAAAGCAAAUGUUGGUAUCCAAUAAGUUAGAGGAAGAUUAUUAGCAUGGGCCAACUUUGAAAUGCAUUGUGUCUGUAGUGAGUGUAACAAUGCCAGGCCUCGUGGUGAGAUUUAGCACCCACUAAACUGUGGAAGAUCAAAGCAGAGUCCCCAGAGGGAUUGUAACUAAAGAAAUAAACACCUCACUUUUAUUUAUCUUAUUUCAUUGGGUUCAUGGUCCGCUGUAGCUCAGUUAGGUAGAGCAUGGAGCUUUGACGCUUAUAACGACAGGAUAAUGCGUUCGAUUCCCGGGACCACCUGUUGUUCCAGCAGUCUGUCCGCACCGCUUCUUCUGUGAGCAGAGGUGUUGGGGUGUCUGGGAAGAUGUUCUUUGUGACAGGGGCUAAAAGUGCAGGGGGGGCAUCAUCGGGAGGAGGAGCGACGAGGUCCAUCUACCAGAAGUUCCGGGAUGUUGACCUGCUGGACAAGAAGACGGUGACGGCUCUGAAAGCUGGGGAGGACCGGGCUAUUCUCCUGGGCCUGGCCAUGGUCAUUGCGUCGAUCAUGAUGUACUUUGUCCUGGGCAUCACCAUACUGCGCUCUUACGCAGACAGUGUGUGGACAGAGGAGAGUGUCUGUAUCGUGGUCAACUCCACCAUCACGGCAGACGUGAACUGCUCUUACAGCUGUGGCUCGGACUGCUGGAGAGGCUCCAAGUACCCCUGUCUGCAGGUCUACGUCAGUGUCAACACCACGGGCAGGCUCAGCCGCUUAUCUCACAACGAGGAGAGCUGGGACUCCAACUUUGAGUGUUUCUACGUACCAAAGUGCCAGAAGGACACUGCAGCCAUGCACCACAUGAUCGUGAACAUCUCAGAACGCCUGAAGCCGCACCAGCAGGUACCCUGCUAUUACGACCCCAGCGACCAGCAGGAGAGCGCCCUCCUGACCCGAUUGUACGGCCACAGCGCCGUCUUCUACUCGCUCUUCUGGCCCUCCUGCAUGCUCACGGGGGGCACUGCCAUCAUCUUCAUGGUCAAACUCACCCAGUACCUCUCCAUUAUGUGUGAGCAGGUAGUCAAGAUCAAGAGGUGAAGCUUGCUGGCGCAGUAACUGAGAGCGACAAACAUGGUCUCCAGUCCAGACAGGUAAUGACAUGAAAGGGAUUGUUUUAACCUAAUGACCCUGUGACCUCUUGUAAUGUCGCUCUCUCAACGCUGAGACAUUUGGAACAGGUGGCUUGACUUGCUUCUGUUCUACUUAGGGACUGUUGCAAACUGAAUGUGAAAGGAAUGUUCUGAAAUGGACAUCUAAGCAGCUAAAUUAAUGUACGACCUCUGUUGCCUGGAAAGCAACAUGCAUGCAUGCAUAGCCGUGGGAAGUAGUUUGGGGGUGGGGACAAACCUUUAGCCCGCGCUGACGCUGCAGAUGGCUAUAUUGGUCUGCUAAUACAGGACUAUUAAAGGCCCAGUGCACUACUUUUGUGAUAAAAAUAAAAAAAUCAUGCAUUUUUAUUUUUUAUUCAUAUUUUUCAGGGGGUGCUGCAGCACCCUCAGCACCCCUACUUCCCGCAGCUAUGCAUACAUGUCAGAAUAUGCAACCUUUUCACAGAAAUUAACAGGCUAUUUUAAUGUUUUUUAUCUACCUUGUCAAGUUUAUUUGUCAUAUGUACAGGAUACACAGUACAAUGAAAGGCUAACUUGCAGGUUCCCGCUUGACAAUGCGACCACAAUAAGAAAUACUUAGUAAAUGAUUUGCAGACUUUGAACACGGGGCUCGAACAGAAAGUUGGGGACCCUACUUACAAUCCUAAAUUUGGAGUAAUGUUGAGCACGUGUCCUUUAUCUCACAGACAACAAUGCCAAGCAAAAUUUGUGCUGACGGAAUGAGACAGAGUUCAUUCUCCCAAAUUGUCCACUGUGUUUGCUGAAGAUAAUUGUUCAUGACCUACUGUGUUUAGCAAAGUUAAAACCUUGUGCAGUUCCUGUAUGUCAUUUUUGCAGAAGAGGGUUAAAGACCAUUGUCGAAAUACCCGAACUAGCUAGAAUAUGCUGAAUCUAAUGGGGAAAUUGCUGAAUGACAGCAUCAACAUAUUUUAGGGGUCAGCCAUAGCUUAUAUUAUUUACAGUUAUUACCAUUUUAUUGUUCAGUCUGUCAUACAGAAAUUGUGUGCUAUGCAAAAAUGUUUUUCUUUGUCUUGUGUCUCUCUGAUGACAACCAAGGAAAGUUGCUACAUUUUCAUGUUUAUUUUUUAUACAUUUUGCUCUGUAUGCAAUAAAUUACCUCAUAAAAUAACAUAUUGAUGCAGUUAUGACUUCCCAUGGUGAGGCAUAUCAAAAUGAAAUAAAAAAUUUGACGGUGAAUCUAAUGCAUUUCUACAAUCAAGCAAUUGUUUACAAAUGACGCAACUGUAAUAAACCCUACCUUCUUGUUCAGAA